CGUCUCUUUCACCCCCACACCGCGCGUCCCCCCCGGGCCGGCCAGCCCCUGCCUCCCUCGACCCCCUUCUCCAAUGCCCCUCCAUCCAAUGCUUCGCUUCCUUCGGUACGCUCGGUAGACUAGCUAGCCUAGCUUCCUGAUCGAUCGGCCGUGCCCGGGCGCCUCCUCCGCGGCAGUGCAUGCAUGUAUGCGCGCGGGUACGUGCUGCUGAUCGAGGUGAGUGUUUACGUUUAAGAGCUGGCAAGGAUCAAUGCCGGACGCGGAGGGGCAGUCGCCGUGGGCGACAGGGGGGAGGCGGCCGCACUUCUUCAAGGUGCUUAUCGGCGACUUCCAGAAGCGCCUGAAGAUCCCGCCAAACUUCUGCAAGCACAUCCCCUGGGAGGCGUCAACGAAGGCCAAGAAGAGCCUGAAGGAGGCGUCGUCGUCCAUGGCGGCCACCCUGGAGGGCCCCAGCGGCCGAACGUGGCCGGUGGUCAUCCGCCGGACCGCCGCCGAGGGCACCUUCUUCGCCUCGGGCUGGACCAAGUUCGUGCAGGACCAGGCGCUGCGGGAGCUGGACUUCCUCGUCUUCCGGCACGACGGCGGCACGCGCUUCGCCGCCAUGGUGUUCGACAAGACAGCCUGCGAGCGGGAGGACCUCCUGCGCCUCGGCGAGGAUGGGCCGCGCAAGAAACGGGGCCGGCCGAGGAAGGCCUCGUCGCGUGAUGAUACGGUUGGCAAGGAGCUGGUGCCGUACUGUGGUGCGCCUGGCGACCGGCAGCCGCAAGUCGCGUGCCCCAAUUCAACGGUGGAGCUCGGAUCAGCAGGGCAGUCCAUCGCAGCGAAAACAGAAGCGGAUACGGACGCGCACGCGCUCCCGCUUCGCUCGAACGCCGGACCGUCGCAGAAGCGCCACGGGCCAGACGCCGAUCAGGACGGGUGCCCGGCGAAGACGCGGAGCAUUCAGGACGACCUGGCCGUGGCCGCCGGCAUCCCCCCUUCCGUCCGUCGCUACAACGGCUACGUGUCCCGGCGGCGCCCCGUGACGUGCGCCGAGCGGCAGCGCGCCACGGAGAUCGCGCGCUCCUUCCGGUCCUCCCUCCCGCACUGCGUCAUCCGCAUGAGCACCAUGCACGUCUACUACUCCUUCAUGAUGAGGUUCCCGACGGGGUUCUCGCGGCAGCACCUGCCGCGGGAGAGGGCGGAGAUGGCGCUCCGGGACCCGGACGGCAAGGCGUGGGCGGUGCUCUACAUCCCCAACACGAGGGACCGGCUGUCCCGCGGCUGGUGCGCCUUCGCGCGCGGGAACUGCCUCGAGGAAGGGGACUGCUGCGUGUUCGAGCUCGUCGGGGCGGCCGAGUUCCGCGUCCACAUCUUCAGGGUGGUCGAGCCGCCCGUGCCGGCGGUCAGGCUCCGGAUAGCUUGAUCAACAGCAAAAUGAACGAGAAAUUGUGUGCCUUGGUACUGAGCAAUCCAGAGGGGAUUUACUGCACACCUUGGCAAUGCAGUGUACGGUAUCCCAAAUGAAAUAAUGCUGUUUUUUCCGCUGCUGAA